AUGUCUAACAACAAUAUAAACAACACUAUUUAUGAUAUUUCCACCGUUCAACAAGUCUUGAUCAACUCGCCUUUGGAAGGAAUCAAGAUGCUUCCUUUGAAUUCGACAAUAUUAGUAAAAGCUAGUGAAUGGGAAAAGUGUCUGGAGCGAAUCAAUGUCUUAUGCUCAACAAAAUGGAAUAAAAAGCAUAAAUAUUCUGGAAAAGGUUUAGUUUUUGGAGAGACUAAAAAAUGCCACCGUGCUGGCCAAUAUAUAACAAACCGCCAAUUACGUCUUGCCCAGAAAGAUAUGAAGGCAUGCUCUUGUACAGCUGCCUUAAAAAUCAUACAGCAUCUCGACAACCCCAAUGUUGUUACAUUUUGCCAAACAAGGGCACAUGUAAACCAUGUUCCUGGAGACUGGGACGAAGUCAGAACUCUUCCUUUGCCUUCUGAAGCCAUAAAGAUUAUUGAAGAUCAGUUGAAAAGUGGCAGCAGCUGUAGAAGUACAAGAAUUUCAGUUCUUAGACAGAUUGAUAGUUAG